UAGAAAGCAAAAUGGCGUACUACGGACAGCAACAACAAGGCUACGGGCAACAAGGGCCGCCCAAUCCGGGACAGCAGGACCAAAACUUUCUGUGGACUGUUUUUCAAAGAGUUGAUAAGGACAGGAGUGGGCAGAUUUCAGCACAUGAGCUUGGUCAGGCUCUGAGUAAUGGAACAUGGACUCCAUUUAAUCCAGAAACAGUGAGAUUGAUGAUAGGAAUGUUUGACCGUGACAAUUCGGGCUCCAUCAACUUCCAGGAGUUUUCCGCGCUGUGGAAGUAUGUGACAGACUGGCAGAACUGUUUCCGUAGUUACGACCGCGACAACUCUGGAUCCAUCGACAGAAAUGAGCUUAAAACAGCAUUAACUAGUUUUGGUUACAGAUUAUCAGACCGGUUUUAUGAGGUUCUAGUUCGGAAAUUUGACCGACAAGGGCGCGGGACGGUAGCCUUUGAUGAUUUUAUACAGUGUUGUUUGGUAUUGCAGACGCUGACCGGUGCAUUCAGAAAUCAUGACACGGAUCAGGACGGAUGGGUUACCAUCUCCUACGAACAGUUUAUGACCCUUGUUUUCAGCUUGAAAAGCUAAAACUGAGAACAGAAAAGUGUCUAUUCCUUUUUACUCUUCAGAGCCCAUAUUCUUUAAUGUCUUGAGGCAGAGGUAUUAGUUUUAAUUGUUAAAUGACUACAAGAGGAAUAGUUUUUGUGAAAAUUGCUAUAUAAGUUACUACAGACAGCGUAAAAUUAUUGACUAUUUGUUUAGGAGAAAGAUUAAUAACAAAUGAAUGUUUUUUUGCAACAUCAAAAGUUUGCAUUUCUGACACGAGAGUCUAAACUCUUUCUCAAAGCAUUACCUUUUAUAUGGGACCAGAGUGCUUGAUCAACACAUAACCUGAAAUCAAAACAAUUAGAAGUGCUAGGUUUUCCCUUUUGUUGCCAAAGUCUGCAUCUGAAUUUAUUUGUUCUGCUGAACACAGUAUUUAACACAAAACAAGUAGUUAUGGCACUAAAUGUUUAACUUAGUGAGGAUAUAUUUUAUCAUGAUUUAAUGAAACAAAACUCUACAGCAUGAUGAAGUGAAAGUGUGAAUUCAAUGGUUAGUAUUCAUCCAUAUUUGUAAAUAAUAAUGUUUUGUCAUGAUUUAACAAAAUAAUAUCUACAGAAUGUGACCUUAAUGAUUAGUUUCAUCGAUAUUCGUAAAUGAAAUAGUUUUGUCGUGAUUUAACAAAAUAAUAUCUACAGAAUGUGAACUCAAUGGUUAGUCUUUUCGAUAUGUCUUCUUUUCCUGAUUGUAGAGUCAUGUAUUAAUAAUGAUUUUAAUUAUUAUUCGUUGUUAUGAAAGUUAUGUGUUAUUGUAACGUUGUAAUCUUGAAAUUUAACAAUGAAACCAUACAUGUAAAUGCUUUUCCUCGUACUUCUGAUGUUUGUGUAGUUUCUUCUCCUUUUCCCAGUCCUUCAUAAUUACAUGUAAUGUUGAGUUAUCUGUUGAUUUGCAUUCUCAAGGCAGGAUAUUUACCAAGAUACAAGAUACAAGAAUCUUUAUUUAAAGUCGAGUAUGUGUUAACAAGAAACUUUAGCUCAAUGAGCUAUUUUCCGACAUAAAUGACCAAGAUACAAGAAUCUUUACUUUCAUACAUUUGUUUGAUGCAUUUUAUCUUCGUUAUAUAUUAAUUUAUCUUCGUUAUAUAGUUCUAGAUACAAUCCCUACAUUUCCAAACCUGUUUUCAAAUUUUACCAGUUUUCUAACAUUUUUACGUGAAAGACAGUGAAUCAAAAUUGGAUUUAAGAAAUGAGCUAUUUGAAAAUAAUGGAUAACUGACAUAUUGUAAGAAGCUUGCAUCACAUGUGGUUUCAUUCCUGCUCUUUUUUAAACAUUUGUUUAUGUUUUGAUGUUUACCUGCAUGCAUUGUCAUUGGUUAUGUUUUGCGCUUUGUUAAUGAGUACAUAUGUACAGUCUAAGCCGUAGAUGAGAACAUUUGUGUUUCCAUUCCUACCAUAUGCCAACAUUAUUUACGCAGAGAACGGUCUUGCUGUGGUCAUUCUAUUAUCUUCAUUUGUAUGAUUAUUUAUAGCAAUAAAGUUCUUAUAUUUA